AUGGGUGAUUUAUACCUCUACUAUGAUUCUGAUAUGCAUGAACAUCAAUUUAUGCAAGGUAAAUUCCUAAGAUCAAGGUAUAGUGCAUUUGGACAAGUUUUAAAAACCAUUGAAGAUGAUGCAAAUGAUUAUAUUGGUUUUAAUAAUGAUUUUGGUCAUGAGAAUCUAGCAAGGAAUAAUCCAUUUGGUGAAUAUAAUCAUGAAAAGGGUAUGAUUGCUUGGGACAAUACACAAGGUAUUUAUAUUCAACAUUCUAUACCAAAGUUUCCAAAUGGUGGUGGUUAUUUGAAAAAGGUUGAUAAGUUUUAUACAAUCGAUCCAAAACCAGACUAUCCAGACGAUGAAGAUAGUUUGGAGUUUCUAAGAUUCAGUUUACUUGGAUGGCCAUGGGCCAAUGAUGGAGGUGGUUAUUAUACAACGUUUGCUUCUAAUAUAAUGGGUGAUCGAACAUGUGCCAAUACCAAUUCAGGUACCUAUCCAUAUAAACUACCCAAGAUUGGUCAAAUGUUAAAGAAUUUUGGGUUCCCCGAUGGAGUACCUCAUCCUCAACCACAAGAUACUGCCAAUGUAUUAAAAUCAGCUUCAUAUGCACAACAUAUAUUUUGUAUGUCUUUGGAUGGUACUAAUUUCCAAGAUAUAAUGGCAUUAUUUCAAGAUUUAAUGCCAAACAAGUAUAGUCCAAUGCCAGAUAAUAUGUUGUUUGUAACAAAGACUGGUGACUUGCAAACUAACUUUGCAUAUAAACAAUUGAAAGAUGUAGUAAGAGAUGGUGUUUAUAAAAAGGUGAUGCAUCAAAGAGGUGAUGAUACAAAAAAGAUUUAUGCUUUGGCAAAAUACCAAGGAAACAAGAAUCUUUGGACUGAUAGUCUGUUUAUGGCAGAUGAAUCUUGUGAUCCAGGUAAUGAUGAUUUAGAAGUUAAUCAACCAUGUAUUCCAACUUGGGUAGAAGAUAUUCCUCCAUUAACAUUGACUGCAUAUAACCUUGGAAAGGCAUUUGAUCCAGCUAGAUUUAAAUUCCCAAAAUUUACAACUACAUUUGUUCAAGGUCAAUCAUCACAAUUAUUCGCUUGGGGUGCUGGAUAUGGAGAAGAAGCAGAUCACAGUAAGAUUGGUAUUUUGGAAGAUGAGAAUCAUCCCAAUUAUAAAAUAUGGAAUGUUUGUUUUAGUGGUUCAAAUUUACAACAAAAAAAGGGUUCAGUUUUGAUUUGUUUAAAAAAAGAUUCAUUGGUGGAAGCAUUUAAAAAUCUUCAACUCAAUGCACCAGAUACUCAGGUGUCACCUGGAUCAGGAACAGUAUGGGCAGAGAAUAUAAGAAUGCAGUCUAGGAGUUGGACAGCCAAACGAUCAUGGGAUCCAGAGGGAGACUUUGCAAAAUAUUUUAAGAGUCAUAGUGCUCAGUUGGUAUGUGAUGCCAUUCGAAAUACCAAAGUGGCGAAUCCAGAAUCAUUCAAACCUGAAAUGUUUGCAGGUCAACCAAAGGAUGUACAAAUACUAUAUACAACAAUUAUAGAACACUAUCUAUUUACUAGACAGAGUAACCCAACAAAUGCACCCAUUACAACAUUGGAGGAUUUCUAUACCGGGUUGAAUUUAAUAAGACCGGUUACAAAUGUCCCACCUCCCAUGCAAGCACGUAAACAACCACCACUCCCAACUACACAUCGUCCAUCAGCUGUUACCACUACACAACCAGCAGUUAAAAAAAGAUUGGUGUCAGAUAUGGAGGCACAAACAACAUCAGCUGUCAAUAAUCGAAAAGAAGAAGAAGGACCACCAAAAAAGAGAAUGAGAUCGGAAGAGAAAAGAGCAGCUCUACAAGGUAUUAUUGAUGAUAUUGAUAUAUUCACAUACGAAAUCAAAUCAAUACAGAAAUUGGUUAAUUUUGGUUUAGAACAAGCUGAUGAUGAAGGUGUUGAUGAUUGGAUCAAACCAUACAUUUUAGAAAAGAAUCAAGAAAUUAAGAAAUUGUGUGAUACAUUUUAUCAAGCCAAGAAAUUACAAAUGGAAGAGUUGGAAGCAAACACAAUCCUCUAUGAUUGUGAUGUUGAAUUACCAAUUGAAACUGAUACAACAAAUGCUGAUGGACAAGACCCACCCAAACCACAAGAUACACCAAUGGAAGAGGAAAAGAGUGAUCCUAUCAUUCAACUAGUUGGUCAAACUUCAAAAAAGGAUAUUAACGAUAGAUGUAAUCAAUCUAAAUAA